UCGGAUGCAAGCAGUGGAAAUUUCCAGGGACAGGGUUUCCAGUUUCCAAACCUGAUGUGAUCUCCCAGCUGGAACAAGGGGAUGACCCAGGGGUCCCAGAUCUCCAGGGCUCAGAGGAACAAGAGAUACUGAGAGGUGCGUGCACGGGUGAAGAAUCAUUAAACCUACUUAAAACUGUCAGUGCCUGAAGGAAGGAGCUGGGAUUCCCUACAAGGAUCUUGUGGAUGCUCUCAGUCCCGGAUUGUCCCCAGCGAGUGCAAUAUCCUCAGGACAGAUAUCACUCAUGGCUUCCUACCUAUCCUGGCUGACACCCGGCAGUAACUCCUUCCCUGACCUCUCUUCAUCCUGAGUGUUUGGAUAGGAUGUGGAAACAGAAUUCAUCCCCUCCUCUUUCCCUGAUGGGGAAGAGUUUGGGGGAAUUCACUUUCUGAUUUUUUUCCCCAUUUCUCCAGCACUUACUUUGGCUCCCUCUCCUCUUUCCCAUUCCUAUAUGUGAGGGUGUUUCUCUCUCUGUCCCAGCAGAUGGUGGGAUGGUGAAUGAGAAUGAGGAACAGACCCCUCAGCAGAAGGAUGCUGAGCAUGUGGAACUGCACAGGGUACUGCUGCGAAGAUCCAAACGGAAGGUGUCCGGAAGUCAUGAGCAGCAAAAAAGUUGUGAGAGUCAGCACAGGCCAGAGAGGCAGCGAGAAGAGAAAGUGGGCAAAUCCAUUAAUAGUCAGGGAACUCACAAGGACCUCAAGGGAACGACAGGCCAGCACAAAAUCCUCACGAGAGAGAGAAAAAACACCUGCACUGAGUGUGGGAAAAACUUCCGUAGACGUGCAGACCUUAUUAAUCAUGAGAGAAUCCACACAGGAGAGAGACCUUAUGAAUGUAGUCAGUGUGGGAAAACAUUCACUCAGAGUUCAGCCCUUACUAGGCAUCAGAGAAUCCAUACAGGGGACAGACCCUAUGAAUGCUGUGAAUGUGGGAAAAACUUCUCUGACAAAUCAACCCUUAUUCAGCAUCAGAGAAUCCACACAGGGGAAAGACCAUAUAAAUGCAGUGAAUGUGGGAAAAGCUUCACCGACAGCUCAGCCCUGAUUCAACAUCAGAGAAUCCACACGGGGGAGAGACCCUAUAAAUGCGGUGAGUGUGGGAAAAACUUCACUCAGCGCUCAACCCUUAUCACACAUCAGAGACUUCACACAGGAGAGAGACCUUAUGAAUGCUGCGAGUGCCAGAAAAACUUUAGUAAUUGUUCAGCGCUUAUUUAUCAUCAGCGAAUCCACACAGGAGAAAGACCCUAUGAGUGCUGUGAGUGCGGGAAAACCUUCACUGACAGCUCAACCCUUGUUACGCACCAGAGAAUCCACACAGGAGAGAGACCCUAUGAAUGCCGCGAGUGUGGGAAAAGCUUCACUGCCAGCUCAACCCUUGUUACACACCAAAGAAUCCAUACUGGGGAGAGACCCUAUGAAUGCUGUGAGUGCGGGAAAAGCUUCACUCAGCGCUCAACCCUUAUUACGCAUCAGAGAAUCCACAUAGGCGAGAGACCCUACAUAUGCUAUGAGUGCGGGAAAAGUUUCACUGACACCUCAACCCUUAUCACGCAUCAAAGAAUCCACAGCGGAGAGAGACCGUAUGAAUGCGCUGAGUGCGGGAAAAGCUUCACUCAGAGCUCAGCCCUUAUUACGCAUCAGAGAAUCCACAGCGGAGAGAGACCCUAUGAAUGCUGUGAGUGCGGGAAAAGCUUCACUCGAAGCUCAGCCCUUCUUUAUCAUCAGAGAAUCCACAAGAGAUAGGAACACCAUAAAAACCUUGUCUAGAGCUGACAAAAGAUUUUAGUAUCUUUAAUAGUUUUGCUAAUUGCCACAUAGUGAAUUUUAAAACUAUUUGCACAAUUUCCUUCACUGUGGUCCCUCAGCUCCCACAUGCGAAUUAUCUGUUUUUGCCUUCUGCAGUUCCAUCUUUCUGGGGGUGAAUCCCAUGGUCCUUUCUGUCAACUCCAUAGUCCUUUGGGUCAUGGGAAUUUGUGACCCUCCUACAAGGGAUGUUCAUCACCUCCAGUUUGGGGAGAUACACAGGUGAUGUCAACUAGCUAUAUCAAGGUCAAAUCUGCUUGGUUUCAUCUCCUCUAGGAUUUUCCAUGGAGUUGGCUAGCUUGAGUUAUCUAUCAUGAUGUAGAAACCUAACUAGUCUUGCAGUAAGGACAUAACCCACGUACAGUCUCCAGGUUAUCCUCAUGUCCUGACCUAACCUCCUUUUCCUAGUCUAAGCAAACCUGCAGGAAGGAUCAAAUUUAAACUCUUAUUUCCACUGCAAAAUGAUUGUUCGAUCCUCCGAGUUCUCCCUUUGGCACAGAUUUGCCCACACAUUGCCUUGGGGUGUGCUGAACAAGAAUUGUGUUCGUACCCUUUUUCUCAUAUGAAAUAGAUUUAAAUAUAACAAAGAGCAGGAGCAAGAGUGGUGGCGGAGGGCGGGAGGGAAGUGUCAUUUCAGGCUCUGGGACACCUGAAAAAGAUGGAGGGAUUCCAUGCUUCUCCAGCACUCUUACCUUCUGUCCAAGCUACGUAGCAUUUCUGUUUUUCACAUUUUACCCCUCCACUCCCAAAGUCUCAUGUGAUGCAGUGUCCUCAGCUUUCAUAGUUUCACAAACUUUAAUGCCAGAAGGGACCGUCAUGAUCAUCUGGUCUGACCUCCGGCACAUUGCAGGCCAGAGAAACCCACCCACCCACUCCUGGAAUAGGCCCAUAACUGCUGUCAAGUUAGUUAAUCCACUUCCCUGAGAGGUGGUAGCCCUCCCGCCGACAUAGCACUGUCUACACAGGAGAGGAAGGGGGUUAGGUCGGUAUAACCAUGUUGCUCCGGGUUGCGGAUUUACACCCCAAUCGAUGUAGUUAUACCAGUAUAGGUCUGUAGUGUAGACCAGACUUAAGUCUCCCAUUUGUAAGGUAGGUUCUUCACUCCUCCAGUCAUCCUAGUAGCCCUUUGUGAUUGGGAAUUGUCCUCUGAUUUCUUUGAUCCUAAAUCAGACUCAUUAGAGAUGGAGAUGAAAGUGUCACCGAGCUGGAAGGGGAAUCUGAAUGGAUUCCAAACACAGUGUGAUCAGUCAGCAUUGAAAUCCCAGUCCACAUCUAUGGGCAAAGCCUCUCCUGAGGUUUUUCCUGCCGAGUUAGGAUUGUUCGCAGGAGGAAAUUUGGGCUGUUUUCCCUAUUACAAUGAUGUUAAACCUUUAGUAAAUAACAUGACUAAUGAUAAUGGAACAGCACUGAGUGAAACAGGUUUAAACAGAUCAAAGGAAAACAGGAUGGGAGAAUCUCUUGUCCUGAUUCUGAGUCAUCGGAUGUAACCUGCUCUGGAAUUUCACUUUAUAUGAAAUUGAAAUUGAUGUAUACCUCUCUGGGAUGUGGGUUUUUUCUUUCUUUCUGAAGUCUGUUUGGUCACAUAACUGGAUAUUAAUUUUGUUUGACAAAAGGUAGCUCCGAUUUAUUGGGGACUUUGAGAUAAAUGAUGAUUUGCUGAAAUAGGCAGGGAUGGUGUCUCUAGCCUCUGUUUGCCAGAAGCUAGGAAUGGGUGACAGGGGAUGGAUCACUUGAUGAUUCCCUGUUCUGUUCA